AUGGCAAAGUAUACCUCUCUAGAUAUGGGAGAGUUGCCUGACACAAACGACUGUGAAUCCAUCAACGGUUCGGUAUCUGAUCCUCUAGUCGAGAGCCACACACAAGCCCACCGACGCAGUCGACAACAGAAAACUCGAAUCUAUGCGACAACUGCCCAUGCCCUCUUAAUUGCUCUCAAUGUGGUCAUCUGCGUUGAAUACACAAACUGGAUAGCCUCAAGAUAUUCCCAUGGCCCUCAAUAUGCGUCCUCUCCAGUACGGGAUAUAAUUGGAUAUGAAGAGCGUCCAUUCGAACUCAGCGCAAUAUUUCUUUCCGAUGGAACGAUGAAUCCGGACAAGCCGACAGCAUUCAACGGUGAGCCGAGAGCUGAGCUCGACAUUGCGUGGGAAAGUCUGCUGCAGUAUCAAAACGUAAAGAUACAACCAGAUGAGCUCGGCCAAUUUUCAGGAAAUGACGACUUGGUCAUGCUUUCUGAUGGGUCUGGAUACUUCGGUACGGUUGCGGUUUACCACGGUCUGCACUGUGUGGAAAGAUUACAUCAUUAUAUGCAUCAAGAUCAUUAUUACAAAGAUUUAUCCGACAAUGAUUUCCGACUACUAAAACAUCAUACAGAGCAUUGUCUCGACUGGUUAAGGCACCAUCCCUAUCCGGUCGCAAGAGAUCACGGGAAGCACAAAUGUGUCAAGUGGGAGCCUCUUGAGAAUUGGAUGGGACAGCGGUCAUUUGAUCCCUUCGAGCAUGAUCUCCUCAGGCAUCCGAUAUAUGGAAACCCGUACAAUAGCAGCGAACACCACGCCGAUCUUGGAAUUGUUGACAAAAUAUAA